AUGGAAGCAAUGAACAUGUGCUCUACUUCUUCUUCAGAUUCUUCUUCUUCGGAGUCUUCUUUCAAUGGAAAUAAAACACCAAGAAGCACCAACAAAUCUGAAAGAAUUAAAGGUCCAUGGAGUGCAGAGGAAGACAAGAUUUUGACCACGCUUGUUGAGCGACAUGGACCCAGAAACUGGUCUUUAAUAAGCCGUUACAUAAAGGGUCGAUCUGGAAAAUCAUGCAGGCUCAGGUGGUGCAAUCAGUUAAGCCCAAAUGUGGAGCACCGUCCAUUUUCUCCAGUUGAAGAUGAAACAAUCCUGGCUGCUCAUGCCAGGUAUGGUAAUCGAUGGGCCACCAUUGCCAGGUUGCUGCCGGGUCGGACCGACAAUGCAGUCAAGAACCAUUGGAACUCCACAUUGAAGAGAAGGGCCAGAGAACGCCAAAGUCAAAUAAAUUUGGAAGGUAAUUUUGAUGGUAAUUAUGGCAACAACAAUGAAGGCAUUGCUAUUAAUGUUGCAUCACGAUCUAUGCCAGAUGGCAUGGUAAGAGAAGAGGAUGAUGCGUUGACCGCAUUGACUCUCGCGCCGCCGGGGAUUGGCGGUGGAGUUGGUGGUAAUAAUGGUGGAAUGUUAGCGGAGAGGACGACAGAGAGUUUGCCAGCUGGAUUUUGGGAUGUGAUGAGGGAUGUUAUUGCAAGGGAAGUAAGAGAAUAUGUGAGUUCGACAAUCUCUGAGAGCACUUCAGGAUUUCAUUAA